AUAGCUCAAAGAAAAGCACUAUCCUUUAAGUUUUGCAUAAUCUUGCUCCUUGUUAUUGCUUCGUAAGCCAUGGCAACCGAUUGCAAUUGCAACAAGGGCUUCGCUGAUAGUUACAUGUUGUUGAAGCCCGAAGAUGCGAGUUUCUUUGAUCUCUUUCGUGUCUUAUUUAAGGGAAACUUAUCACAGAGGAACUUUGUGGAAAGCCAUGCAGAUGAUGAUGCUUUGGACGAAAGUUUGGGCCAUCGAUGGCUUAUAGUUAUUUCUAUUUUGGCCCAGAAGCUUUUGCAGCUUGUUGCCAAGCCACUCUCACUCUUUGGGAGUUGCGUUGAGUUUUUGCUCAACCUUGUAGCCCUUAAUGGAGGUGUAUUCAGCAUCGUCCUUAAUUUUCUCGGAGGUAAAUUGGUCUUGCCCAAUCCUGAAUCAGAAAAUUAUUUAUCCUUUAUUGGAAAUUUGGACAUUCGAGCAAAGUUGGAAGACGCCGUCCAGCGCGAAGAUUCCAAGUACUAUCCAGCACUUUCGAUGAUGGCUUCCAAAGCAUGCUACAAUAACGCGGCUUACCUUAAAACUACUGUGGAAGAUUACUGGAAGAUGGAAUUUGUGGGGUUUUACAACUGCUUGAAUGAGUAUCAAGGAAAGACAACAACUCAAGUCUUGAUUGCCUUGGAUAAGCAUGAGGAUCGCCAUACCUAUGUUGUUGCCUUCAGAGGAACAGAAGCCUUUGAUGCCGAUGCAUGGUGCACUGAUCUUGACAUCUCAUGGUAUGGUAUUCCUGGCGUUGGAAGAAUGCAUGGUGGUUUUAUGAAAGCCUUAGGGCUAAAACAGAAUGUUGGAUGGCCUAAGGAAAUUGGAGAACAAGACGAGAAUCUUCCCCCCUUAGCGUACUAUGUUAUCAGGGACAUUCUAAGGAAAGGUUUAAGUGAAAAUGACAAAGCUAAUUUUAUAGUGACAGGGCAUAGUUUGGGAGGAGCACUUGCAAUCCUCUUUGGGACAAUCUUGUGUUUGCACGAUGAGACAUUGUUGUUGGAGAGGUUGGAAGGAAUCUACACCUUUGGACAACCAAGAGUAGGAGAUGAAGCAUAUGCAAACUAUACGAGACAAAAAUUUAAGGAACAUUAUAUAAGGUAUUGUAGGUUUGUUUACUGUAAUGAUCUUGUUCCGAGGUUGCCCUACGAUGACAAGGAAAUGAUGUUCAAGCACUUUGGGACAUGUCUUUUCUUUAACAGACGCUAUGAACUCGAGGUUCUUGAAGAGCAAUGGAAUAAGAACUACUUCUCACUCUGGUGUGUGAUACCCAUGGCAUACAACGCGAUUUUAGAAAUAAUAAGGAGUUUCAUUAUUGCCCGCCAAAAUGGAGCUUACUACAGAGAAGGAUGGUUUCUAUUUGCUUUCAGGACAAUAGGGUUAAUAAUUCCUGGGGUACCUGCUCAUGGUCCACAAGAUUACUUUAAUUCUACCCUUUUAGGAAAGAUUGAAAAACACUUCAAAGUAGAGUGAUGCGCAUGAAGAUGGAUGUAUCAAUGUUUUAAAAGUCAAAUUUGAAAUCGAAACAAAAAGACUAUACGUCGCGGUUUAAUUGGUUCAACUAGCCAAUGUUGUUUUUAAAUUAGAAUCAAACUAGAUAAAUAACAAAAGGCAAUGGGACCAAAAUAUUGUUAAGGUUCAGUUAGGAUUAGUUAAUUUCUAGCUUAUAAGAGUUUUUUAUUUGUAAAAUAUUAUGAUAAUUAUAAGACUUGUUUAAUAUUUAGAA